AAGCAUACAUUCAAGUCUCCGAUGCCGAUUAAUAUGCACAUUUGUUUGAUUUGAGUCAGUCGAGCGCGAACGAUUAUUCUAUUAGCAAGUUAUCUCCCGCGCUGUGGCAGUACGUAAUUUAUUGUGUUGGUUCACUUCAAUCGUUGUUGUUCUGAAAUUCCCCACUGAUAAUGAAGGGUUUCAUCACGCAAAUCGUGUUGGUGAUUUUUAUUUUCGGUUUUCUGACCGUUUAUGGUCAAACUCCGAACAAUGGAACAGCUUUCGAAGAGGUGGUCGUUGAAACGUCGCUCUAUGUGAGGAGACCAAGCACGGUACUACGACGUCAGCAGCUUAGGGUUCAAGAGAAAGGGGCCUCGCGAAAGAGGCGAGAUAUCAGCCAUUCAACUGACCACGCGGAUUCAAAACUGAAAGUGAAUGCUCUCAAUCCUACCACCGGUCACCAAAAGCAAUCCAAAGAUGGCUUUAUCCAAGCAUUCUUUGAUAAAGGCUUCAACAAUGGCGCAUCGAAAGCUGAACAACGUGCUUUCUACAAACAAAAACCGGUAACAUCGAAGAAACAGGAUGGUAAUCAACUUGUUUGAUCCUAACGCCAUGUGGUCCGGACGUGUCAAUCCAAACGAAAUGCAAAUUGUCCUUCACGGCCGCAACCCGAAGAGAUUCGGCGGUUAAGCCUUUUUAGUUUUAACUUGUUGUUAUUAUUCUUAGUUCUAACUACCUGUAAACUCUGAUUGAAAACAGCUCCAAGUUUGCAAAAAAAAAAACAUCCCAACAGAGAAAGACAACCGUGCGACAUUCGAUGCCGACAAAUCCCACGUGAAUCCCAGUUUCUACAUCCGGUUGAUUGUGCGGUGAUUAAGUAGGUAGGUAGUUGGAAAGUGUACCGAUAGCAAAAGACACUUGGAGCCAGAAGAGGUGUGGAGAUUUCAUUCUUCAUUUUUUAUGCGAUAUCACAAGCAAAAGUGAGCAAUAAAAUCAAACACGAUGCGAAUGGAUUUGUUUACUAGCUGCUGAACUUA